UCAGAGUUUUAUUUGUUUUACAUGGUCUGCAAUUAGGUCUGACCUUUCAUUUGGUACAGUGGUCCAUAUAAGUUAUAUUGCUAAACACGGCCUAUGAAGCCAAAGAACUUUUCUGAAGUAAAUCCAUUGUAAAUUCUGAGGCCAGCAUUCAUAUUGAUUUAUCUUACAUAAACACUGGAUAAAUAAAUCCAGCAUUUGAAAAUUCGGAACAUACCUUCUAAGACCAAGCUGGAGAGACUGCCCUGUGGUGUAUAAUGAUUUUGUUUUGUGUGUAUUUGACCCUUAAUAGCCCACAUAUUCAGGACAGUAAAUUAAGGGAUGAAUAGCCCUAGCGAGAUGUUCACUGCCAUGUGGUAUGCACCAUCAGAUAUUUUUGUGAUUGAAGAGGAUUCUGUCUGCUGAGAAGUUUAAACAGCCAUCUCCUAAUUACAGCUUCUAUGUAAAGUUCAGUUUAUAAAGCAAAAUCAUCUUCCAUGUUUUAAUAUUUUUAUUUCUGUGGUUGCUGGUGGAUGACACUGAGGUCACUGCUGUGAUGCUGACUAGUGGUAGUAGGAGUGAGAGGACUCUAAAGCUUUGUUAUUCAAAGAGUAUUUUGGAGUACUUUUUGAUGUUCCCUCCAGACAUGGACUGGGCUGAGCAAGAGAGGCAGUAGGAUGGUGUAGUUUGUAGUGGGCCUACAAACUAUGUCUGAGGUGGACAUGGAAGAGUUUUUUUCUCUCUAAAUAUCACCCCUUUGCAAUUUAAAGGUAGUCUGGUGGUUCUCUGCACCCUAUAUAGUGGCUUAGGUUUUCACUGGUUUUGAAAAAUUCCUUCUUAAAGGGAUCUUAGAAGGUUUCAGCAAUUUUUGACCUUGGGUAAAUCAGCCUGCUCUAUUUGUCUUAUUCUAUGUGUUGCUUGCUGCUCUAUUCAUUCACAUAAAUAAUAUUUUCAGAGAUAUAUUUAACAAUUUCUUUUUUUCAGGUCAGUGUUUAUGCAUCAGUUGCGCUUCACUCUUUUCACUUCCACAGCUCAAGUGUAGACAGAGUUCUUCAAGUCUAUGUGUAUUCUGACCUAUCUGUUAAUCUGAGUUUUGUAUAAUUCUGUGUAAUUUACUGCAGAAUCUGAAAAGUAGCACUGAAUGGAUAGAUGUGAAUGAGAUUGCUUAUGUUUGGUUUGUUUUUUUUCCUUUCUCUUUCUUUUUAGGACUUGAAUACUAUCUAUUCUUUCCUUCAUGGACUGGACAUACUAUCACAUUUCAGGGAACAUCAGCUAAGAAUAAUGUCAUCAAGUGCCCGCUAUGAGAGGUACAAGGGCAACCAAGUUCUCUUUUGCUCAGAAACUAUUGCAAGAUGCUGGUAUAUCCUGCUUUCUGGAUCUGUGCUCAUGAAAGAUUCAAUGUUUUUGCCACCUUGCAGUUUUGGCAAGCAGUCUGGGGGAAAGCGAGGAUGUGAAUGUAUCAUACUGGAACCUUCAGAAAUGAUUGUGGUGGAGAACUCUAAAGACAAUGAGGAAAACAUCUUGCAAAGAGAAGUCCCACUCCGGCAGUCCCGUCGGAGGUAUAGGAAGAUCAACCAGAGGGGCGAGCGUCAAACCAUCACGGACCAUGUGGAUUCCAGCAGCUACGUGUCGCUUCCAGCUGACCUUACCAAGAUGCAUCUCACCGACAAUCCUCAUCCUCAGGUGACACACGUCCCUUCAAGCCAGUCAGGUUGUAGCAUUGCCAGUGACUCUGGGAGCAGCAGCCUGUCUGAUAUUUAUCAGGCUACAGAAAGUGAGAUGGGAGAUGUUGAUUUAACGGGUCUUCCAGAAGCACCUGUAGACUCUGAAGAUGAAGAAGAAGAGGAGGAUGAAGAUAUUGACAGAACUUCUGAUCCACUUCUAGGGCGAGAUGUUGUCCGAGAGUGCCUUGAGAAAGAGCCUGCAGAUAAAACUGAUGAUGACAUUGAACAAUUAUUGGAAUUCAUGCAUCAACUCCCUGCCUUUGCAAACAUGACCAUGUCUGUGAGGAGAGAACUGUGCUCAGUGAUGAUAUUUGAAGUUGUAGAGCAAGCAGGAGCCAUCAUACUUGAAGACGGCCAGGAACUUGAUUCUUGGUAUGUUAUCUUAAAUGGCACAGUAGAAAUCAGCUAUCCUGAUGGGAAGAGUGAGAGUCUCUGUAUGGGAAAUAGUUUUGGGAUUACUCCCUCUCUGGACAAGCAGUACAUGAAUGGAGUGGUCAGAACCAAAGUAGAUGAUUGUCAGUUCGUGUGUAUAGCCCAGCAAGACUACUGGAGGAUUCUGAACCACGUGGAAAAAAACACUCAUAAAGUGGAGGAAGAAGGAGAAAUUGUGAUGGUAAAGGAACACAGGGAGCUGGAUCGCAGUGGAACCAGAAAAGGACACAUAGUUAUCAAGGCAACACCCGAGAGACUCAUCAUGCAUUUAAUAGAGGAACAUUCUAUUGUGGAUCCAACAUACAUCGAAGAUUUUCUUUUAACAUACAGAACAUUUCUAUCAAGUCCCUUGGAAGUUGGAAGUAAACUCUUGGAAUGGUUUACAGUGGAUAGCCUCAGGGAUAAGGUUACCAGAGUAGUGUUACUAUGGGUGAACAAUCAUUUUAAUGACUUUGAAGGAGAUCCUGCCAUGACUCGAUUCCUGGAAGAAUUUGAAAAGAACUUGGAAGAUACGAAAAUGAAAGGCCAUCUCAGAUUGCUGAAUAUUGCCUGUGCUGCCAAAGCAAAGUGGAGACAAAUCACCCUGCAAAAACCUUCCAGAGAUUCUCCCCUGUUUUUCAGCCUUCUUGGAGGCAGUGACAAGGGGUUUGGUAUUUUUGUAGAGACUGUGGAGAUAGGCAGUAAAGCAGCAGAAGCUGGACUUAAGCGUGGUGAUCAGAUAAUGGAAGUAAAUGGACAGAAUUUUGAGAACAUUACCUUUGUAAAAGCUCUGGAAAUCUUAAAGAAUAAUACACACCUCUCCAUCACUGUAAAAACAAACAUUUUUGUGUUUAAGGAACUGCUCUGCAGGAUAGGACAGGAGAAGAAUGGAAUUCCACAUAUUCCAAAAAUUGCAGAAAAGAGAACCAACCGUUAUUCUAUCCCAGAUAUGCCUGGAGAUGUGGAACAGAUAUUACCCCGUGAAAAAGGAAACAAGAAAAUGAAAGCAAACACUGUAUCUGGUGGAAGAAACAGAAUCAGGAAAAUUUUAGACAAGACCCGUUUCAGCAUCUUGCCUCCAAAACUGUUCAGUGAUGGCAGCGUGAGCCAGUCACAGGAUGACAGCAUCGUGGGGACACGGCAGUGCCGGCACAGCCUGGCCAUCAUGCCCAUUCCGGGCACCCUCUCAUCUAGUAGCCCUGACCUGCUGCAGCCCACACCCAGUAUUCUGGAUUUCUCUAACCCUUCAGAUAUUCCAGAUCAAGUGAUACGAGUUUUCAAAGCAGAUCAGCAGAGCUGUUACAUCAUCAUCAGCAAAGACACUACAGCAAAGGAGGUGGUGAGUCAUGCUGUCCAUGAAUUCAACCUGACAGGAGCCCCAGAGACCUAUUCCCUGUGUGAGGUGUCCGUCAGCCCCGAGGGGGUCAUCAAACAGCGGAGGCUUCCAGAUCAGUUCUCCAAGCUGGCUGACAGGAUUCAGCUUAAUGGACGGUAUUAUCUGAAAAACAAUAUGGAAACAGAGACCUUAUGCUCAGAUGAGGAUGCUCAAGAGCUACUUCGAGAGAGCCAAAUUUCCCUCCUCCAGCUGAGCACCAUUGAGGUGGCCACUCAGCUUUCCAUGCGGGACUUUGAAUUAUUCCGCAACAUUGAGCCAACAGAAUACAUUGAUGACCUUUACAAGCUGGACUCCAAAACAGGGAAUGCUCACCUGAAACAGUUUGAGGAUGUCAUUAAUCAAGAGACCUUCUGGGUUGCCAUGGAAAUUUUAGCAGAACCCAACCAGCUCAAAAGAAUGAAGAUUAUUAAGCAUUUCAUUAAAAUUGCUCUCCACUGUCGAGAAUGCAAGAACUUCAAUUCCAUGUUUGCAGUGAUAAGUGGGUUAAAUCUUGCACCGGUAGCUCGUCUCAGAGGCACUUGGGAAAAGUUACCCAGCAAGUAUGAAAAGCACCUCAGAGACCUUCAAGAUCUUUUUGACCCAUCUCGAAACAUGGCAAAGUACCGCAACAUCCUCAGCAGCCAGAGCAUGCAGCCUCCAAUUAUCCCACUUUUCCCUGUUGUCAAGAAAGAUAUCACAUUUCUGCAUGAAGGCAAUGAUUCGAAAGUGGAUGGCCUGGUAAAUUUUGAGAAACUCCGGAUGAUUGCCAAAGAAAUCCGCCAAGUUAUCCGCAUGACCUCGGCAAAUAUGGAUCCAGCUGUGAUGUUCAGACAAAGGAAGAAGAGGUGGAGAAGUUUGGGGUCUCUGAGCCAGGGCAGCAUGAACUCAAACAUGCUGGACGUGCAGGGAGGUGCUCACAAGAAACGUGCCCGCCGCAGCUCACUACUGAAUGCCAAGAAGCUCUAUGAGGAUGCCCAGAUGGCGAGGAAGGUAAAGCAGUACCUGUCCAACCUCAGUGUAGAGACAGACGAAGAAAAGAUCCAAAUAUUGUCACUUCAGUGUGAGCCUGCAUACAGCACUUUGACAAAGAAUUUAGGUGAGAGAAGAGGAGGGAAAUCCUCCGAAAUGUCUCCAGUGCCCAUGAGAUCAAUUGGCCAAACCACAAAAGCCCAUCAGCAUCAACAAAACCGAAUGAGUCAAGUUCUUCAGGUCCCAACUGUGAAUUUGUACCCCAGCAGGAAAAAGGGACUGACAAAGGAUCAUGUCACAUUCAGUACAGGCUCUCCACAGAAGUCAUUAAGUUUGUCUGAGGAAGUAAGUAGUAAGAAACAAACAGAUGACAGUAUGUCCAUGGUAUCUUCUUUACACUCCAGCCCACCUGCUUCUCCUCAGGGCUCCCCAUGCAAAGUUGGCAACAUCCAAAGGCCGGAUAACUGCAGUCAGAUGAAUCUCUCUGGCUCCUCCUCAUCACUGGCCAGUGAAACCAGCAACAAGAACAGUGGACAGCGCAGCUAUGGAAUAGGCUACGCCCUAAUACCUUCCACUAAAUCUGACAACUUCUCGGACUCCAGCCACAGUGAGAUUUCAUCCCGGUCCAGCAUCGUGAGCAACUGCUCUGUGGACUCCAUGUCAGCAGCACUGCAGGAUGAGAGGAGUUUAUCCCAGUCUCUCAUUGUGGUGGAUUCAGGUGGGGCAGAGAGAAAGGAGCAUCCUCAGGCACUGACAGAUUGCAGCCAGCCCUGCUUGGGCUGGUCCAUCACUAGGCCUGCUUUGAUCAGAGGGAUGGCAUUCACCUCUUCCAUGAGCAGCGAAGAGAUCUCCCAUGAGCACAUCACAGUAGAGGCAGCAGACAGCGGCCGGGGAAGCUGGACUUCAUGCUCAAGUAGUUCUCAUGACAAUUUCCAGAAUAUCCCAAACCAGAAGAGCUGGGAUCUCCUCAGUUCUUACCGUCACACCCAGCUAGAUGGACCUAUAGCUGAAGUGGAUCCCACAAACUGUUACUCUGAGGAGGGUUAUUUGUAUUCUGAAGCCUUUUCCAAAGCCAACAAGCAGUUGAAAGCCAGCGUGGAGCUCGAUCAGUCUCGGCAGAGCUGGGCAUCCUCCAGCUCCCUGUCAGACACUUACGAGACAAACUAUGGGACAAUUAAGCGGAGAGGGCUGGAGAACUCCACAGUGGAGCAGAUGGAGGUUUUGGACUCUAAACCAGGCACUGAUACAACUUACAAAACUGUUACUUCGAGUACAGAAAAAGGCCUGAUAGUGUACUGUGUCACCUCACCUAAGAAGGACGAUAGGUAUAGGGAGCCACCGCCCACCCCUCCAGGAUAUAUGGGGAUUUCUUUAGCGGACAUAAAAGAAGGAUCGCCCCACCACCCACACCUCAAACCUCCAGACUAUAGUGUGGCAGUGCAGAGGUCAAAGAUGCUGCACAGUGACCUCUCUAGACUUCCACCAGCUGCUCUCGGUAGUGACCCACUGGCCUGUGUCUCCUCGAGGAUGCCUCAGUGGCACGGCGGGCAGCCGUCCAGCCUCAGAGUAGGAGAGUUGCCUGACGCAGAUAGUGAAGAGGAUGAAGAUGAACAAGUAUCAGCAGUUUAACCCUUGGGCUAUUUAUAUGAACCACUUACAACACAAGCAUGUGGGAGAAGGUCUUAUGGUUCUGUUAGCAACUACUGACUACUUGCUGCUACUGACCUCAGACCUUGCCUCUGUCACAGACGAGAUGGAAUGGGUUGGAUCACCUCUUUACAGCUUCUUUCACUCUGCCACCACCACCUAAGAAGCUAUUUCUGCCUGUGAAAUAGAAAAUCCUGUUCAACGAAUGUGCUGACUGCCUGGAUACCAACAUGGGUAUCCAGAGAUGGACCGAGUUUCAUGCAUUAGGGAGGAUCAGUUGUCACCAUCACUUGAAACUUGGGAGCAUUUUUCUGUAUGAUACCAUGUAAUCCUUUGGUAGUUUCCAUUGUCGUUAUUUUCUA